AUGGCGUUGUGUAAAAAAAACUGCGAAAGUCCUGCUCGUUAUGGUGGAAUUAUGUUUAAAAUGUAUCAAGAUCAUAUAUGUCAAGCACCAGAUCCAAAUGAAAUUGAAAAAGCUUUAUUUAAUUAUGAAAUUAAGAAGAAAGCAGAACAAUUUCAUGAUCCACCAAGAUUAAUUAUACAUGAGACAUGGCUCAAAUUAUCUUCAGAUGCUGCUAUAUACGAACAGAGGAGAAAAAAAUGA